GUUAAUGUGUCUGUUUCAGUGGAAGAAAAAAACUUUCCUAUCGCUUACUCUCUGGUUGUGCAUAAAUAUCCAUGGAUGGUAGAGAGACUGAUCAGAGCCACGUACUCACCCAAUAACAUCUACUGCAUCCACUACGAUCUGAAGUCUUCAGCUCAGUUCAAAGCAGCUAUGGAAGGUCUGGCUCAGUGUUUGCCCAAUGUCUUCAUCGCCUCCAUGCUGGAGGACGUCGUCUAUGCUGGUUUCACUCGGUUAAAAGCCGAUUUGAACUGUCUGUCGGACCUUCUGCAGUCAGAAGUGAAGUGGAAGUACGUCAUCAACCUUUGUGGUCAAGAUUUCCCCCUCAGGCCCAACAAUGAGCUGGUUUCAGAAUUAAAGAAGCUGAAUGGUUCUAAUAUGUUGGAGACAUACAGGCCACCUCAGUUUAAGAAGGACAGGUACGGUUUUCACUACGAGGUGAAAGAUGCUGAUGCUGACUUUGAAUAUAGAAAAAACCCAGUCCAAACAAAUGAGAAAAAGGCCCCACCACCACACAACACGGUGAUGUUCACUGGCAGCGCCUAUUUUGUCCUGUCACGAGACUUUGUUCUGCACAUAAACUCCUCAGUUGUAGUCAAAGACUUAUUAGCUUUGUCAGAGGACUCCUUUUCCCCAGAUGAACACUUCUGGGCCACGAUUGUCCGACUGCCUGGUGUACCUGGAGAGGUGCCCAGAUCCCACCCCGACAUCACCGACAUGAUGAGCAGAACCAGACUGGCAAAAUGGUUGUUACUGGAGGGGAACCUGUACCCACCAUGUACAGGAGUAUAUGUGCGUGGUGUUUGUAUUUAUGGUGCAGCAGAGAUUUGUUGGUUACUCAACUAUGGUCACUGGUUUGCUAACAAGUUUGACACCAGUGUGGACCCCAUCGCUGUUCAGUGCCUUGAGGAGAAGCUGGAGGAAAGAAAAAAAUCUUUUUUAGUUAGUAGCAUCUCUGAAAUGGUCUGAUUUGGAAGUGGUUGAAAUGAAAUAAAAUGAAAUGGUUUUAUCAUGUUUUAUCAUUUAAAAAUUCCUACUUUGGUUCUAUGUUAUUGUCAGUGUUAUGGUUAUGGUGUAAGUUGUGCUAAAUAUUUGACCAGUAUUAAAAAUAUUUUGUUCUAUGCAGUUCUUGGAAAUGGGUGGAAGAUAGGGGCAAACGUAACCUCACUAAGCAAGACAGACAAGUUUAACCCAGUUCAGAUGUAAGAUAUACACUUAAACUGCAUCAAGCUUGUGUUGAAAACGCAGAGCCCCUUUUACAUUAAGCACAUUGAAAUGUUUCUUAUUAU